AUGGACAGAUCAUAUCAUUUGGCUCAGAUCAAAUAUCUGCUCAUGCUGAGAUGGAGGAGAUUCUGCCGCCACACCAGCGUAAUUGAGAAGCUUUAUCCUCAUUACAAGGAUCAAAUGUCAUAUUUGACAAGUGAAUAUGAGGACACCAUCCAAAGAGCUCGCAGACUAUCAGUGAGCAGAGAAAAGCUCCUGACUAACCGAGGAAAUACCGCCAACCUGCUCACUCAGGAAGAUAUCAUCAUUUACCUUCGAUGGCUCAUCUGCCAUCUGCACUCUGUUCAUACUGUUAAUGACUUCCUCAGGGUGCUGCACUACAUACCUGCAUGUGAAAGAAAGGAUAAAGAGCCACAAUCAAAAAUGUGUGAGGAAGCUUCUCACAAGACUCAACAUGUUGAUGGUGUUUCCAGUCGGGCCAUUCCCCUGCAUACUGUUCACCCGGAGGAGUUUCUACCUGAGCUACAGGCUUUGAUCGAUUACUUUCAUCUGCCCUAUGACACCCGAAAACUCAAGACCACUGCAGAUGAGAUGGAGUUAUUCAGCAUGGUAUGGAGGGAGUCCAGAGAGAUUUUCAGACAACAGGAUGAGAUGAAAACGUUUCUGCAGUAUGAUGGUACGAAGGUCAAACAGAGCCAGUGGGGGAGGAAGAAUCCGAGCCAGGCUCUGCGGAAGGAGGCCAACUGGAUCCCCUUCAUAGAGCCCCCCUUGAAGGAUCUUUUGGAGGUGGAGGGGCAGUAA